UACUAAACAGUUCGAAGAUUAUGGAAAUUAGAAAAAAUCUUGAAAAUAUUUUUAGGCAGUGCUUUAGUGAUUAUUCAGUUGAAAAUGAUUUAUUUAUUAACAAUAGACUUUUUCAUAACAUAAAGAUAUUACAUACAAAUGCACAAGACAAACAAUCAUUUCCAAAUGCAAGCGUUGAGUACUCUGUCGGAGAAGGGUUACCCUGUUACUGGUUUUGGACGAAAGCUAUUAAAGAAAUUACGGAGAGUUACUGUGGAGAGAACAAGGAAACUUUAAGAGAUUGCAUUAUUAGGCUGUUUAAUUUUUUACAAGAUGAAAACAACAACAGUCUGUUGUUAAAAGUUAAAAAGGCAACCACUGUGACAGAAAUACAGGCAAUUCUUAGCCACCAUUUGUUUGGACCAUUAAGUUCAUCAGGAGGUUAUAUGAAUGAUAAACAGUUUCCAAAUCAGAAAUGUCCAGCAUGUGGUGAAGAUCUUAAACUGGGAGAAACAUCUUUUGGUAACCAUAAGGUAUGGCAUGGUCAUCCAGAUAUUACAAUAGACAGAUGUCUUGUUAAAAUAGGAACUGAAAAUGAUGGCUCUGGAGAGAAUACAGACAUUCUUGAAUAUGAUUUAACAGAUCCAGUUGCUAAAAGGGUCAAAAUACAGGAUGAUGCUGAAGACACAGGAGGUUUGGAUGAAGAUACAGAGUUAAAUGAUCCUGUUUACAAUGAAAGCUUCAUGAGGAAACACAAUGAAGUUGAAAAUAUCAUGGAUCAAGUAUUUGCUCAAACUAUAACAAAUGCAUUCUAUCAAGCAAAGGCCAACUCUGAGCUUAAAGAUUUAUUUAUUCCUUCAUUCCUGGCCACAAAUGAAAAUGUAGAGAUUCUUAUGUAUAAUGUAGAAAAUGACAGAAUGUUGAAGUCUCAGGAUAUGGAACUCUUCAGUGAUAUAAGUGACAAUGGUUUGAAUAAUGGAACCGUGAUCUGUAUAUGGAUGGCCUUAAACUUUAUGGACUUUCAGCAAAGAGAUUUAGAAAAUGAAUUUGAAGCUAUCAAAUUUGAAAAAUCUGGUUUUCAAGAAAGACUGCCAGAUGAUAUUCUUUCUAUAUAUCAAAGUGAGCUGAUGAGACCCUUGCCAAAAUACGACAGUGAGAAAAAAAAUCAAAAUAUUAAAGGAACUGCCUAUCACCUGUGGAAUUCUGCUCAUACCAGAAGAAUGAAAGAAAGGUUGGAUGCACUGGAUGAAAAGUAUUGGACAUAGUCUCAUCAUUAGAAAUACAAAAUUAUAUUUUAAUAUAGAAACGAAUAUGGUCAUCAAGGUACUGUAAAUUCAGAAAUUAUUGCGAUUUUUAGAUUUAGACAAAAAUGUGAUUUGAUUUUUUGCGAUUUUCAGAAAAAUCCUGUUUGAUUCAUUUAAACAUUUUAAAAUGUAUGUAAGUUUUAAUUAUUGCGAUAUUUAUAACAUUGUUGCAUUUUUUCACAAUAAUAAAAACAUUGCAAUGAUUUCUGAAUUUACAGUAUUUAAACCAUCCUUAUUAUGGUCGUUUGUCAACCAACAUCACAAACAUUCUUGUAAUAAAUUCAAGAAGAGAAAAUGUCUGACACCACAAUGUUUAAGUCAUGUAAGUGAUUGUUUUAUAUAACAAUGUAUAAUGUCAAUAAACAGGUGAAAUAUUGCAGAUACCUGAAUAGUAUAAGCUCAAUUUUGGUUGUGAGACAGUUAUCAUUUCCAUGAAACUUAGGUGAAUUGUUUAUAUCUAUUGACGUAAGCUCCCUUUCGUAUUUUUAAAUUUCAGAUUUUAAGUUUUGGAUUUAUGGGGCUUUAUUCAUAAAAAAGAUGAUCCGUCGUCCACACUUCAAACAAUAACUCAAAAAGGCUUUCACCAAUGUCCAUGAAACUUUGGUGAAUUGUUUAUAUCUAUUGAUGUAAGCUCCCUUUCAAUGUUAUAAAUUUCAGAUUUUACAUUUCCUUGUUAUGAAUUUUUAUGCUUAAAAAAGGGGGGAUUUUCCAGUUUUGGGACAAUAACUAACACUUUCACAAAAUUUUAUGCAACUUUGAUAAAUUGUUUAUAUCUAUUGACAAGUUUUAGAUUUUACGUUUUCUUAAGUAAUGAAUUUUAAAUUUAUACUUAAAAAAGGGGGAUUUUAUGCAACUCUGGUGAAUAUAUCAAUGUAACAGUUAAAAGAGCAACGGGCGUAUCAUGCGCUAAAGCGCAGCCCUUUAUUAUUUUUUUCUGAAGCCACUAGACCGAAAUUUGUAACAAUGAUACUGUUGAUGUUUAAUUUAGAGUUGAUUUAGUUGUGCUCCAACCGUAACACCUGUCAACUCAACUAAAAAUUAGGGUAAAAUGUUAAAUAUUAUCUAAACAAAUCCUGAAAUCCGUUAAAGAUAAUAAAAUAAAAAAUUAUAAUAAAACUGGCAAUUGCUCAAUGUUGAGAAUGUCAGCAUAUAUGUACUUUCCAAUUAAAAAAAAAAAAUACCUAAGGGUGUUCAGGUAUGAAUGAGUACAGAUAAAUAUAGAACUGGGCAUGCCCAAAAACACAAUAUCGGGCAUGCACAAUUUAGCAAGUUUUACACGUUCUGAGCCAUUGUGAGGAUACGAAUACAUACUAGUACUUGACAAUAAUGGAAUGAAUAGACUAAAACAUCGAAGAACAUCAUCAUGAGCAACACAAGUAAAUCAAAGGACCAUCACUUGACUCAUUAUAAGAGUUUUUGUUGUUAGAUGCUGUUGUGUUGUGUCAACUUUUUUUGUCAAGUGCGUGAUAUAGGCUCCUUCAGGGUCAGUAGUAUAUGCAAAUGUAUAGUCUAUAAAAUGUUUUUUAUGAC